GAUUUUAUGUCGCAAGUUGGAAGUAUGAAUUUAUGAGUGGUAUGAACGGGUUCAGCCUCGCAGACAUCUGCUGCUUGUUGUGUUGUCCUCCCAUACCGUCUAGAAUAGCAGCUAAACUCGCAUUUGUCCCUCCUGAACCUAGCUACACUAUUGUCACAAAGGAGGAUGGGACACAGGAGUUGGUGCUCACUGAGCGGGCAGAGUGGCAGUUCAACGACAGAGAACUCAGCUUUAUCGACUGCUUCACUACUCGCAGCUCCAGAGGAAACAAGGUUGCGUGCAUGAUGGUACGACCAGUAAAGAACCCUUUGUUUACGAUACUGUUCAGUCACGGUAACGCUGUCGACCUCGGACAAAUGAGCAGUUUCUACGUAGGACUAGGCACCCGUCUGAACUGCAACAUAUUCUCCUACGAUUACUCUGGGUACGGAGCUAGUUCUGGAAGACCCUCUGAGAGGAAUAUCUACGCGGACAUUGAGGCAGCGUGGAAUGCACUGCGUACUAGAUACGGAGUCAGCACUGAUAAGAUCGUGUUGUACGGACAGUCUAUUGGCACAGUGCCCACGAUAGACCUCGCCUCAAGGUACGAGGUGAGGGCUGCUAUUCUCCACUCCCCCCUCGCCAGUGGACUGAGGGUCGCAUGCCCUGAUACUAAGAAAACUUGGUGUUUCGACGUUUUCCCCAGUAUCGAGAAAAUAGCGCACGUGCAAGCCCCCACCUUGAUAAUACACGGUACAGAAGAUGAAGUGAUAGACUUCUCAGCGGGGCUGCAGUUGUACGAGCGGUGCCCCAAACCAGUGGACCCACUGUGGGUCGAGGGAGCUGGUCACAAUGACAUUGAGCUCUACGCUGUAUACCUGGACAGACUCAUCUUCCUGGAAAAGGACCUGGCCAACAAAUGAGAUAAGGCAGGGUGUUGUCAUGGUGAUUACAGCGUAGUCUUGGUAACACCCCUCUGACAUGUGUUGUCACCAUGGCAACACUAUACUGUGGUCUCAUGGUGAGCGCCGCCCUGGGUCACCAGCUCUCUUCAAAUAUACAAUCUCAGAUUUUCAGAAUUGAUUUUAUUCAGACUCCUCCUCCAUGUUAAUCGGUAUCUUUAUCAUUAUAUAAUAGUGUGUCAUCACUUGCUUUAGUUUAGCGUCCUUAUUUUCCCGCUCCAAAUCCAAUGUGGUUAUUUUGCUAAGCGUUCUUUGAAUAUAUGAAUAGUUAUAUUAAGUUAACAGCUGUUUAUAACAUCAAGUGAGACUGGGAGCCUCCGGGGAGAUUAAUAUUAUUGAUGAUCUUGUAACUCUCUCAUGAGGGUCAUGGUGUUUUAACUCAGAGUUGAACUCAGAGUUAUAUUGGAAGCUUUUAGCGCGAGACAGUCCUGGGAGUGCUAUGUGAGAGUAGUGUAACUAGUAGUGUAACCAUGGUAACUGAGAGUGCUAUGUGAGAGUAGACGAGUAGUGUAACUAGUAGUGUAACCAUGGUAACUGAGAGUACCGUGCUAUGUGUAAACUUUGUGUCUUUUCUCUUACAACCAUCAUCGUUCAAGACCCAUUUUUAGCUGAAGGGAAUUUAAUGUUCAGUGUUUCAACUCUCAAUCAAGUUUGUCAUGUAACCAUGGUAACGACUCUUUUAAAUAUUAAUGAGGUAAAAUAAAAGUUCGACAAGUAGACUGAAGACUCCCAUAAUUUACAGAAGUCAAUUUAAGAUUCUGAGGAAAUUGGGAGGUCAGAGAACAUUAACUCUGAAAAUUAAAAUUAAAGUUUGGGAGUCUGAUUUAAGUUUCUGUAACCAUGGUAACUCUGCGCGAGUAUUGCUUGCGGAGUGUUUCUGUUGUCUAUAUCCCGGACCAUUGUGUACCCUAUAUUAUAAUACAUGAAGUAAGAUGUACCUCCUAUCCCGGUACUGUACCCGAUACUGUACCGGUACUGUACCUGGUACUGUACCCUGAUGAGAUGUCUGUUGUAAACGUUGGUAACAUAGGCGGGACCAGACUAGCAAUAUAAUUGCUGUAAUGACAAGUAUAAUGUUAGAGUAAUUCGUCGAUUUAAUGUUAUAAUAUUUUGUACCGAGUCAUUAAAUAAUUAGUCAUCAUUAUCUUACUAUUUUGAACUGGAAUUUAAUUUCGAGUAAUUUAAACAAGAAGGGCACGUUGUUAUGCAUGGUCACAAUUUAAGUGGGGGUAUUGAAUUUAACAAUUCGUUUGAUUAAUAUUUUGUAAAUAUUGAAUGCAUUGAAUACGCGCUAAAUUACCUGUAAAUAAUGGAUCAUUGAGCGACCUUCAUUGAAGAAUCUUUAAAUGAUUUUAAAAUGUCGGAUGAAAUUAAGCAUGUGAUAUCUCAAAGUAAUGCAGAGUGCCAGCAUUUAUGUAAUUAACAAAACUUGUUAAAAUAAUGAUUUGGUCCAUUAUGAAGCAUCAAUAGAUUUGAAAUUUACAUUUUACCGCUAAAUGAAUCAACAAGAAGAUAUAAUAUGUUUUGUGUAUUGUGAAUGCACGGAAAAGAGAUUGAUUUUAAAAGAGAGACAAGAUCAUUAUGAUGCUGGAGAUAUUAAACCUCUCUGCAUACCGGGAGUUGUAAGAGGAUGUUUGUGUUGUUGAUCUCUGUCAAUGAUUUAAAUGAUAUUUUCCUAAAUUUUGUGUCGGUUAAAUGUUAGGGAAAGGUCAGUGUUGCAUUGUCCUAAUUGUAAUGCUACUUCGACGAGAAUACUAUAUGAUAUAUUUAAGUUUCAAUUGUUUUAAAUAAA